AUGGCAAAGACCCUGUGUGGCGGGAAUCAAGACUUCGUCGUUGGCAUUAACACAAAUCAGGGUAUCACGGUCGGGCGAGAGACGACGCUGUUUGGAGACAGCAGCAAUUUGAGCCUCAUCGAGAUCGCAGUCAGUGACCUUGCUUUUCGGGACCUUGGGAACGCGUCCUAUUCUUCCAGGUACAUCCUGAUGCCUAAAGAGGCAACUGAUUUUGAGAACAAACGAACUGAGCUGAUGGCUGCAGCGGCGGCGCUGAUAUUAGAUUGUUCUGACUUUGACCUCUAUUACGUGGAAGGGCAGCCCACGACAAACGACUACGCCCCUUACUGGUACAACACAGCACCCGGCCUUGGCUUUCCACAGAAUUCUUCGUGUCACGACAUGAAAGAGUACUGCAACAACGAAGAUGGUGAGCUGUUGCGCUUGACGUGUGGAGUCACAUGCGGGUGCGCUGAGCCAUCUACGAACCCGUGGUUCCGAGUGGUGGAGAGGGGAUGCUCCAAAAAGUGUAUUGACGAAAUGAAGGCCGUAAUCGACGAAAUAAACUGCACCGAUGUUCCAGUGGAGUCUACGCAGUGGCAGACAUUCUGGGAGGACUACCCCGGAAUUAUCUCCAGUUUCCUUGGAGAGCGGAACACGUCCAAAAUUGACGAGCUGCGAGUCUUCGCGAAUCACAUGAGAACUGAGGGGUGCUCAGCACUGGGCAACUCGAGCUAUGCAUACGAAGAGCUGACUCAGACGAGCUUCUGUGCAGGACAUUCCCAGAUUUGGGCGCCCUUGAGCAUCCUUUGCCCUUCCACCUGCUGUCAAGACGAAGACGCUGAGUUUUGCCCCUCAAGCUGUCAAUGUCGGCCCGAGGGCCAAGACAACGACCAGGAUCUGAUGGACAAUAUCCCGGCGGGCAAUCCGGACUUCGCCGGGAUUAUGAACUGCCGAAUGGCAAGCAACCUCUGCACGCUACAAGCGGACACCUCUCUGCUCCAGCAGCUGGAGGGAACACGCACAAAUCUGCUCCGGCUGUCUGCGGAGCUCCGUUCGGUACAGGCCCAGAAUGACCAGCUCAGGGUCGCAGCUGCGGCACGCUCCCUCCAACGAGAUGAGCAGAGGAAGCUCCAGGAAAAGGUGGCCGAGCUUCGCAAAGCCCUGGAGAAAGCCACGACUUGCCGGGAUAGGCUGCGGAGGCAGGCGUCGGAGCUGGAGGAUCAGGCGGCCACGCAGCAUCGACUGGCACGAGCCUACGAGGAGGGGGCCCAGGAGCUCAGGACCGAGUUGCGACAUGCGAUGCGUCACCUGAAGGCCAGGCAAGAGCAUACCUGCGCGGAGGAGUCGCAGAGCAGCGCUGCCAGCUCGCACUUGCGGGACGGAUCUGACAUCUGGGAGCCGUUGCUUGAAGGCGACCCUAUGGAUGGGAUCUGGAGGCGGCGUUCCGGCUCCCUGCGGAAGCGUGCGGAGAUGCCUUGGAGCACGGACCAGACGCGGCGGUUCAAAUGA